AUGGUUGAUACCCAAAAUACCCUAUUCGUUUUCCGACCAGACCACCAGAACCUCACACCUCAGCCUUUGAUGACUCCGUUCUCCGCCGUGACCCCGCACCGUGCCACAGCCUCACGAUCGCGCCGCCUCAUCUCUGCCACAACCCUCGAAAUGAUCCUCGAGGAAGAGACUGGACCGGAAGGAGAUCGUCCUACCACCGCCACUGCGAUGGCUUCUCUUGCGGUAUUUCCGGCGACAUCUUGUUUCUUGAUGUCCAAGAAACAAGUCUCUUUUCUGUUAUACGGAAGCUGCAAAUGCCCUUGA